AGUCAGCCAGUUCAGAUGGUUUACAAAUCAGUUUGGGCGCGAUUUUCAUUUCGACAGUUCGAUCUCGUUCGCGAGCUCUUCAAAAUUUUAUUUUAAUUUACAUAUGUAUUCACAUACACGUAUGUAACUUAAAUAAAUACGUACACACAUAUGGAAUAGAGUAAAUAAGAAAGUUUUAAUUUUUUAAUGAAAAACUUGUGGUGAACAGUAACAAGGGAUUAAAAAGUUCAGCUGUUAUUCAAUAAUCUUCAGAAUGGUGCAAAUAAAUGCUGGCAGUGGUGAUCACAUUCACACAGUUACACUUGAUAAAACAGGAAAAAAAUCAUUCGGAAUUUGCAUAGUUAGAGGAGAGGUAAAAGACUCCCCGAACUCGAAAACAUCAGGAAUUUUCAUAAAAGGCAUAGUUCCUGAUAGCCCAGCCCAUUUGUGCGGAAAGUUAAAGGUGGGAGAUCGAAUAUUAUCGUUGAACAAUAACGAUGUGCGAAAUGCUACAGAACAAGCAGUCAUCGAACUGAUUAAAGAUGCUGGCAUCAAAAUAAAUCUUGAAAUUCAAACAUUUGGAAAGGAAGAAAAGAAAGCAAAUGAACGUGAUCAACGUGAAAAUGGCUAUGUGCAGGCAAAAAAUAAAUUUGCUCCAGAUCCACCGACCUCGGCGAAUAAAAGCUCGGCGCCCAAACCGAUGGCGACAGCUAAAGAAAUGCCAAAAAAUCCCACAUUUUCUGCCUCGAUUCGACAAAAACCUUCGGCAAAUUAUGCAGCCAACGACGAAGAUGACGAGGAUACUCGAGAUAUGACUGGCCGAAUCCGCACAGAAUCCGGAUACGAGAUCGAUCGAGCAUCUGCCGGUAAUUGUAAGCUCAAUAAGCAAGAAAAGGAACGAGACAAGGAGCAACCCGAUGAGUUCGGGUAUACAAUGGCAAAAAUUAAGAAGCGUUACAAUUUAAUGAAGGACCUGCGCAAAAUUGAAGUGCAGCGACCACCAAAUACAUCACUUGGUUUGGCGUUAGCGGGUCAUACGGAUAGAAGAAAAAUGGCUUGCUUUGUAGCUGGCAUCAAUUCCAAUGGUAUUUUAGCUUCGUUGGAUAUAAAAGCGGGUGAUGAAAUUCUCGAAGUAAACGGAAAUGUCUUGCAAAACCGUUGCCAUUUAAAUGCCUCAGUGAUAUUCAAAAACAUCGAUUGCGAGAAAAUUAUAUUAAUUACUUCACGCAGAAAAGAUAACGAUGAGGGCAUAUCCGUGAAGCCCAUAAAGAAGUUCCCAAAAGAAGUCGAUGAUACCAAAUUCUUAUUCGAUCUGUAUCCUAAUGCCCGUUCGGUCCAAGUUAAAAAAGAAGGAUUUUUGGGUAUCAUGGUCAUUUAUGGAAAACACGUGGAAGUGGGCAACGGUAUAUUUAUAUCGGAUUUACGUGAGGAGUCCAAUGCUGUAGCGGCUGGAGUUAAAGUUGGUGACAUGCUAUUAGCCGUCAACAAAGAUGUCACCAUCGAAUCGAACUAUGACGAGGCCGUGGCGCUGAUAAGACGCGCUGAAGGUAUUGUUACGCUUGUUUUGUUAACUCUCAAAUCCGAAGAAUCUCUAAAAGCGGAAGCAGAAGCAGCGGAAAAGAAAAAAGAAGAAGCAAAAGCCGAAGCCGAAAAACCACAGGAUCCCUCCGUUGCAGAAAUUAAAGUCAACAAGAAAAUCCUUAUUGAGUUGAAAGUUGAGAAGAAGCCUCUUGGUGUAGUGGUUGUUGGAGGAAAAAAUAAUCACGUGAAGACUGGAUGCGUUAUUACUCAUAUAUAUCCCGAAGGAGCAAUAGCUGCAGAUAAGCGUUUAAAUAUUUUUGAUCACAUAGUCGAGGUAAACAGUCGACCUGUGAAUUGCAGUGAAAUGACAACACUAAAAGUACAUCAAAUAUUCCACACCACUUACGAAAAAGUUGUAACAUUCCAAGUAUAUCGCGCAGACCCUAUUGAAGUAGAUAAGUUCAGCGUUGAAUUUAUGAAAAAGCCAGGCAAAGACUUAGGGCUUUCACUGGCACCAAAUGAUCGUGGAUGCACAAUUUCCGAAAUUAUACCUUCUGGUUAUGCGGAAAUAGAUAACAAAUUACAGCGCGGAGAUAUUAUAACUAAAUUUAACGGAGAUUCCUUAGAAGGUUGCACUUUCGAAAUAUGUUAUGCUUUGUUUAAAGGAGCCAAUGGAAAAAUUUCAAUGGAAAUCACAAGACCUAAGCCUACAUGUCGCACCGAAGCUUCGAAAUAAACAAUAAAAUAAAUUUAAAGUUGCGCAUAUAUUACAUCAAAUGUAAUCUAAAUAAAUAAUGCGAUAUUCAA